CAAUGGGUAGCAUCGAUGUAAUUGUGCCUUAAGAAAGAAUCUUAGGUCAGUCGUGGACGAGAUAAUUAAGGAAAAGAGGUGGUACUCUGGGGAAAUUAGAGAGAGCUAGGUGCAGAAAAUGUCUGUUACUCGUAUGUAUUAUCAAUUUGCUAUUGCCUUUGUGGAAUUCCAAUUUGUUAUCAUUAUAUGGCAUCCAACUACUUCAUGACUUCUUGCAAGAAAGACAGCAAACGUUGAGAAUUCCAAUACUGUCCUGGAAAACACCAACUUCCUGCACCCAGAAAGAAUCAGAGUUCUUUGAUUUCCAGCACUUAAAAGGCAUUCUAAGUACAACAAUCUUGUCUUGAAACUUUGAAAGAGACUGUACUUAAUAUCUCUUUCACUUUUAUGUACUCGUUAUUUCUUUAUUUUUGUUGUUGCUAGGAGAUACCAUAAGUGAUCUUUUAGGUAGCGGAUGCUAAUAGUAGGCACUUAGCAGAUGCGAAUGGUUUUUCAUUAAAUUAAACUAAUUUGUUCAUAGCUUUGGUAGAUCAUAUUGGAUGUAAAGAUGAACGAUGUCAUAAUGGCAUUUCUGUCGGUUGUCUAAUAAUUUAUAACAUAAUGACUUUCUCAAUAUAGGACCAUAUGUUUUUAUUUCCCAAUGUAGGACCAUUGGUCAUUAUCUAUUAGUCAUUAUUCAACUAAAUGUCCAGCACCACUUGGACAUUAUUCUUCUCACUAGUCAUUAUUAAGUCCUAUUUAGGGAAUAAAAAAGUUUAAGUCCUACAUUGGAAAAUGACUUGUGUUUUAGUCCUAUUCAGUGCAAAUUUCACUAAUUUAUAAUUAUAUCACAUGACAUGUAGAUUAUGUUUAGGGAUCACAAUUUUGAAAAUAUGAAAGUCAACGAGAUGUAAUUUGAGCACAUGCAGUUGUUUCUUGAAGAAAAUGUUGGCAAGCAAACUAUACUUAUCUUACUUACUGAUGUUUUCCCUCCACCACUAGAAAUUUGGUACUUUGUACUCUGGUAUUUUUUCCAUUCAGUUUGAUAUAACAAGUACUUUUCAUAAGUUCAUAUUUUUAAUAAUGGGUUUCCUUCACUUCGUUUUAUCACUGGGUUCAAGUCAACAAUAUAGUUUGUAUUUACAUCGCGUGUUAUGUUGCUUCUUCUAAGCUUCUUUUUAGUAUUUACUAAACUGGCCAUUCUCUUUUUUUUGGCAUAUAGGAGAUAAUAUAUUUGGAACAAGUGCUACAGAUGCAGCUGAAUCUCUAUUCAGAGCUUUUGCGCCUGUUAUAAACUCUCGUAUUCCAUGGGCUGCAGUUUUAGGGAACCACGAUCAGGAAUCAACAAUGAAUCGUGAAGAAUUGAUGUCUUUCAUCUCCCUAAUGGAUUAUUCUCUGUCACAAACUUUUCCUACAGCUAAAUAUGCUUAUGGUGCAGGCAAUCAAGAUUGUCAUCCACAUAUUGAUGGGUUUGGGAAUUAUAAUCUGAGAGUACGGGGUGCUCCAGGCUCAGAGUAUGCGAAUUGCACUGUCCUUAAUCUCUACUUUCUUGACAGUGGGGACAGAGCUGUAGUCCAUGGAAUUAAAACUUAUGGAUGGAUUAAAGAGUCACAGCUUCGUUGGCUUCACGGUAUUUCUAAAGAGUUUCAGGUCCCGAAAUAACAGGAGCAAAAUCAGGACUCCGGAUCCAAAACAUCUGAAUUUUCCAAUUCUGCCCCUGCACUGACCUUCUUCCACAUCCCCGUCCCAGAAAUGAAACAAGGCCCCAUAAAAGGUAUUAUCGGGCAGUACCGGGAACAUGUCGCAUGUUCAUUUGUAAACUCUAGAGUCCUGAAGACGCUCGUCUCCCUGGGAGACGUAAAGGCUGUUUUCAUAGGCCAUGAUCACACAAACGAUUUCUGUGGGAAUCUGGAGGGCAUAUGGUUUUGCUAUGGUGGAGGUUUUGGAUACCAUGGCUAUGGUGCUGCUGGGUGGCCAAGGAGAGCAAGAGUCAUUCUGGCUGAGCUUGGAAAAGGGGACAAGUCGUGGAAUGUGGUUGAGAGAAUCAAGACAUGGAAACGACUCGAUGAUGUGAAGCUCAGCAAGAUUGACGAGCAAAUCCUUUGGCAAAAAUAGUACCAUUUUGGGGAAAAGAGGUGUGUCCUGUCAUGACCGUAGUGAAAAAAGUUGCAUGUCCUAUGGGUUUGUAAGUUGUAACUUUAAUGUUUUUGUAUAUCUUAAAAGAGUGUAUUGCUACUAUAACUCGAAGUUUGAUCUCUCUUUGUGUUUCUAGAUAAAAUAACAAUUAAAUGAUUGUUUUCCUCUUACUUUCCACAAGGCAAAGUGUAAAAUAUUGUUAUUGGCCCGGCUAAAACGAUAAACUAGUCUAAAAAUACACCAAAAUAUAAACACGGGGAUUUUGACGUGGAAACCCAAAUCGGGAGAAAACCACGGGCCUUUUUUGGCGGUACCUUGCCAACGGGGGAUUUUUAUUAAUAUCGGGGGUGUAUACACGGUACAUGAUUUAGGCUUAGAAGCCAUUAAUGGUGGAGCUAGAAGCUCUUGAAGAAGAAGAAAAAUAUGCUAUCUAGAGUGAGAAAUAGUAAAUGGCAGGGGAGAGUGUAAUUUUUUGCCCUCCCUCAACAAUUAGGGCAACCCUCCCUUUUAUAGGAGAGGGUGAGAGCAUCUACGGAAGAAUAUUCUCUUAUUCCUCUAUUUUAUUAAACAGACCCGGUUUAACUGUUCUUCGUAAAUAAUUGGGAAAUGUGGGCCGAGCCACGUAUUAUUUCCCAUCAAGAAGUCCUCCACUUUUUUGAGUUGUGAGAAUCAUCAACUUAAAAAAGUAAACAAGUUCUCCGAGU